AGCUCGAGCAACCUUGGGCUCGAGCAACGGCGGCGGCUCUCAGCUUGUGACUUCCUGCCGCUGAAAAGAUGGCAUCGAUUGUGAAGACUGGAGAUGGUCCUGAUGACUUCUACUCCUUGGACUUUCCGUGUGAACUCAACAACACGGACUACCUGAGGCCGACCGCCAGCACGCAAUGAUUGCUUUGGGCCUCCCUCCGCUAUUUGUCAAGUCUUCCCAAGGGGCGCUUGGGUGACACACACACACACAUGAAGCCACACACCUUGCAAAUUUUGCGAGAAGGUGCUGGCCGGCUUUACAAUGUGUCCCAGUGUCUCCAAGUCGUUGUCACGCGUCAGAAUGGCAGCCGUCCUCAGCUCUGCCAGGCGCAUCUUGGCCCACGUCACCUCGGCCAUGCGCCCGGCCUAUGAAGCUGCGAUUGAGACGGGGCUGCCCCGGGAGAAGGACGGCCUCGGCUACGAAAUGGCCCCAGAGCACGUCGAUGCCUACUUCGCUUUGAAGCACGCCAGCGCAAACAUGGGCUAUUACUCGCAAGCCCUGAGUCAACCAAAAGAGUUCCUGCUGGACGCCCUGCAGUUCGCCAAUGCGGCCAGGAACACGCUCGCGCACGAAAAACGUGGUGGAGUGGAUCGAGAGUUCCUCAAAGACUCCUUCGGCAUGGCAGGGCGCAUUGCUGCAGCUACACAGGUGCACUUUGCACAGGAUAACUUGGCUUGCCUGGAGAAGAUGUAUGAGGAGCACCGCAGGUCCAAGGACGCGCGCCAGAAGGCCCGUGAGCCCAUGCCCGCGCCCCACGAGCGGGCGCGAGGCCGGCCGGAAGGCCUGAACAGUCCAAGCACAGAGCGCAAGCGUAGCAAAGAGCGCAGUGAGCGCGGCGCGGAUGGAGGGCCGGAGGCGGAGUCCAAGCGGGUCUUGGCGAUGCCGAACUACGCGACGCAGGUCCAAAAGCUGCAAGAGCUUUUGGCCUGGUACAAGGCAAAGGACAAGGUGCAGACGUGCUCCAACCUGCAGUUGCUGAUUGAAUGCCUCAAGGAUCAUGCAGAUGCUCUCUAUGACCUGUCAGCAUCAGUAUCGGAGACGCGCGCCCGCUACGACGACGCAUUUGCCAAGGACCAGUUCAAGCUGGCUGCGCAGCUUGAUGACAAGUGCAAACAGGAUGACGGCGCGCUGCAGGCACUUCAAGGCUAUGCAGAGCGGGGCUAUCGACAUCUUCGGAGGUCUGAGCAGAAGGGUGUCGAGGCUGCUUUGCGCACGCUGCUCCCGGAGCUUUUGGACGAUGGCUGGACUGCAGAGGAUUUGGGGCCUGCAGGCUUCACGGUGGACCUUGUGCAGUGGCGGCCCGGAGCGCCUGGCACACGUCAGGCACCUGCCAACUACUACCCAAAGCUCAAGGCCGCCGGGUUUUCCGCGAAGGCGCUUGCAGAGGCAGGCCUGGGCCAGACUGCUAUCACCACGACAGGCUUCUCUGUCCAAGAGCUGCUGGCGGAAGGCUGUGCCACCUGCCGCGUUGCUGGAGUUGCAGCUGGCCAGCUGAAGCAGGCAGGUGUGACAGCCGGGGAGCUGAAAGAUGGGGGGUACCAACCUCUCGACUUGUUGGAGGCAGGUUUUUCAGCCCAGGAGCUGAAGGCCAUAGGGCUGUCUGCCCCCAUGUGCCGCAGUGCCCGAGCUGCUGUGCCAGUGCGGGCUGGCCAGCUCAGGCAAGCCGGCUUCUCAGCGAGGGAGCUGGAAGACGCGGGGUAUGUGCUGCAUGAGCUGUGGAAGGUGGGCUAUUCUGUGGAGGAGCUGAAGGCCGAGGGCUUCACCGCCCCCGAGUUCCGCACUGCCGGAGUUCAGGCGCAGCAGCUGAUGCAGGCGGGAUUUUCGGCCAUGGAGCUGAAGGCAGCUGGGUAUCGGCCUCUGGACCUGCUGAAAGCUGGCUUCUUGGCUCAGGAGCUCUUGGCCGAGUUCUCAGCCCAGGAGCUUCGCGCUGCUGGGCUUCAAGCCGCUCAGCUGGCGCAGGCCGGCUUCUCAGCGGCAGAGCUGAGAGAGGCCGGCUACCGACCCCGGGACCUGCAGGCGGCGGGCUACUCCGCCCAGCUGAAAACCGCAGGCUUCUCAGCCCAGGAAUGUCGCGCUGCGAAGCUCCAAGCGAGCUACCUGAGACAAGCUGGUUUUGCAGCCAGGGAGCUGAAACUGGCUGGGUACCAGCCCCAUGAAUUGCGGCAGGCCGGCUAUACGCCACAUUGCUGAUUCGUGGGGAUGUGUGCAGCAUACGGAGGGCAGAGCGCGUGGCUGGCAAAUUCUCUCCUUGCCAAGCAAGCUGCAGAAGCCAGUGCUCAAGGUUUGCUGCUUGCCACUUGAAAUGGGGCAGCCUUGAGAAGCCCGGCCAGAGGAGUCACCAGAACUCAUGAGCUCGGGACAUUUGGAAAUGCAGAAAAUUGCCGAAGGCAAAGGUGG